AUGUCGUCCAUGUCGAGAGGGAAAGCCGGCAAGGCUGCGAAGGCGUACAGAGUCGUCAAGCCGAAAAAGAGCAGCAAGCAUACGACGCAGCACCAUCGAAACCACCGAUUCCAGUCCUUCAACGACCUCAUCGAGAACACCAACAUCCAUCCCAUCCGCCGAAAACGCUUUGUUGAGGGAGAAGAGACGGAGGUGGCGAGCUCGCACUCGUUCUUCGGAGAGUCGCUGCAAGAAUGGAGAGACACCAAUUUGUCCGCGACGUUCACGGCGUUCGCGAAAGAAGUUGCGCCGCUUUGCGACAAUCUCGCGGGCGUGCUGCACAACGAGGAUCGCAUCAUGGACUCGCUCGUCAGCUACAUUGAACGCGGCGAUGCUUUGGCCAUGGAUGCGCUGUUGAGUCUGCUCUCGCAUUUGGCGCAUGAUCUAGAUGCACGAUUCGAGAAGCACUUCCAACGUGCUGUGGCCACGAUUACAGCCCUCGCAGCGAAGCACGACGACCACGCUGUCAUCGAGCAGAGCUUCACGUGCCUCGCGUGGCUGCUGAAAUACCUGUCGCGACUGCUGACACCCGAUCUGCGACCGCUGUAUGACCUGGUGGCACCAUAUCUGGGUAAGGAACGUCAAAACCCUUUCAUUGUACGCUUCACUGCAGAGUCCUUGAGCUUUUUGCUGCGGAAAACCGCCGCGACAUACGAGAGAGAUUCAACGCCUCUGGACAGCAUCAUGCAACAUAUGCUGCAAGAUUGCGAAACCUGCAAAGAUGAGCCUUCUGCAGACCUGCAGCAACAAGGUAUCAUGGCGCUUCUGACUGAGGCUGUUCGCGGUGUGCAGAACGGCAUUCAUACUAGUGGCAAAGCGGUAUUGCAGUGUCUCCUCAAGUGUGCAGGCGGCAUUGCUAAGAAAAAUGAAGAAGUCGUGGAGCGCCUCACCACUGGCAUAGUGACUAGUCUGAUACACUAUUGCAAUAAAGAAGGCUUCGAGCCGGUACUGGACGUCUUGCUCGACUUCGCCCACGCCGCACUUAGCCCUCCCUUGUCCUCCAGCAUUCACUUCGCCAGCUCGCUCCUGUUCACCGCCAUGUCCGUGCGAAAGGGAAGUCGGAUCAUGGCCUGGAACAAAGUCGCAACUGCUACUCGGGAUCUGAUCGGUGCUUGCGAUAGUCUUACGAGCAUCUCAGAACACAUCGCUGAAGCUGUUCUUGCUUCGUUAGCUAUCUACCUCACUACUUCGACCACUCUAGACUCGGUUGCCGAGACCACGCGCAUGCUGGAGCUUUUGAGGAGUAAGAAAUGGGAGUCACACUUUCCACAUUUUUGCGACAUCUACUUCAGACUAAGCAUCAAUGGAACGUUCGACCACCUUGUCUUGGCCCAGCUGAAGCAAUUCGUCUCUCAGCAGAAAGGCAAGCUGCACCCAGAACUACUUGCUCUGAUUCCUCGAGCCGGAAGCCAGCACCCGAAGGACCUUUUCACGAUUCCCAAUGAUGUUUUUGAUCGAUUCAUCGCCCUCCUGACCAGGGUUGGAGGCCAAAGCGAAGAUGUGGACUCAAACGAGCUUGCAGAAGCAAAUGCUCAUCUAUCUAUUACUCCAUAUCUGCUACUGGAUGACUCUCAGAGGCAGGAUCUACAAGCAGCACUACGGGCUUUAGUAGAGAAAGGUCUCACAGACAGAAGAGGUCGCUCGAGAGAAGUUCGAGACUUCAGCCUUGGGCCUGCAUUCCAUCACUUACUCCAGUUGGGACUACAGACCACGAAAGCCGAUAAUCUUUGGGUAUUGCUAUGCGAGGCCUGUCGCCAUGUCUCUGGCCUUCCCGUGUUCUGGUCAAACUUACUGCAAUUCCUUAAGCUCUGGAAGCCGACCAAUGCUGGGGCUCAAGUGGAACAGCUUGAAGAAGUGCUAAUCUCCUGCUUAGCAAUGCCAUCUGACUCUAUUCGAAGUGAUGUGCUUGAUCUGAUCCAACAGCUGUAUCGACUGAAGGGGCUUGAGGAGCCAGAGAUCCUAGCGACUGCUAUCACGAUAGAAUCAACGCCAAUCAAACUCGAAACAGCUCGAUCAAUUUCGAUGAACAUUCGAAGAUUGGCCAAGCAGUAUAGCACGCUGAACGAGAACGACCCGAUGGUUCGAGCUAUCCCAACGUACUGUUUUGGCUUGUUGCACGUCAGAUUAUCGCAAGCUUGGGAGGAUGCUAGUAACACACUUGCAUCGAUUUGCGAGACCAAAGCUGGCGAAGAAGUGGUGAUUAGUCUCAUUCAGACUUGGAUAGAUCAAUCCGCGGCUGCAGCGGAUCAGGAGGUGUCCGAACCCAGCCUCCUUGACAGCAGUUCUGAGGGCUUCAAGGUCUUCUCUGAUUUUGAAUGUCCCAAUCUGGCGAAAAUGUUGGCCAUACGGCAACAGGUUUUUCGCGAGCCUCAGAGCGGUGCCUUGUCUUCCAAAGGACAGCUGCAAGCCGAUAUCAGACAUCUCGACUCCAUCACAACGACUUCUCGUGGCCAGGCGCUAAAAGUGCUCAGCAAGAUCCCAAAAGUUGCUGAAAGACGUUCACGGAUCCUCGUUCCUAUCCUCCUUCGAUGGGCUGGGCCACAGGGUGAGGAAGAUUGUGAUCAAGAGACUCAUGCGCGCUGGGCGAGAAAGGAUCAAAAGGCACUGCUUGCUAUUUUCGCGCAAUUUGUCAAUCCCAAAGUUCUCUUCAGAGCGGAUGAAGUCUUCCAAGCUCUACUUGCUCUUUGCGCGAACGGCGACGUCGAGAUUCAGAAAUCUGCCCUCACAGCAUUGCUUGCCUGGAAAAAUCCUUCGGUGGCUCGUUACAAGGAGCAUCUCAACAACUUGCUGGAUGAGGAGAGAUUCCGUGAAGAACUUUCCGUCUUCCUGCAAGAGCAUGCUGAUGACGAUGAAGAGUCUGAAGGGAUUCGGCCGGAAGACCAUAGCAGCCUCAUGCCUGUCUUGCUACGCCUUCUCUACGGAAGAGCUAUCGCUGGCGGCAAAGAGGGCCAGUCUGGUCGUCGCAAAGCUCUGUUCGUCGCGCUCUCUAGAUUUGGUGAGGCAACGAUGCAAGAAUUUCUCAACAUUGCAUUCAGGUCGCUAUCAGGUCCGGGUGACAAAAUUGAGAUUCCACCAAGAGCGCCGCUGCGUCAGCAGCUUGGUCUUGUCAACAUGAUCAACGACAUGCUUCAAGUCCUAGGAAGUGAGCUAAAACCUUUCGUUUCGAAGAUCCUGGAUGGUGUCUUGGCGUGCACUGUUGGCGCGGAGCAAGAACUCUCCAAAGAAGAUACCACAGACCAAUCACUUCUACGAGCACUUAGACAAUCUGGUGUUCAAUGCCUGGUCAAAGUCUUCGCCAAUGUUGGCGACUUCCAGAACUCGUGGUCAUACGCCGAGACGAUCGCUCAUGACAUUGUCCGGCCACGUCUAGAGUCUUUCGCGGGUGAGAAUGCACAGUCGAUCUCAGGUGUCCUGCGUCUACUCGCAGCCUGGACUGCUUCUUCGGACACUGUAUCUGUCUUUCGAAUCGAAGACGUUGUGAUGCUGGAGUCAGUGGCUCAGCUCUUGCAAACCGAGCAUACAAAAGAUGAAGUCCGAUUAUUCAUUCUGCAGGAGCUUCUGGACAAUUUGACCACGCCAGAAAUAUCAGCUCAGAUACUGCAGCCUCACAUCUCCGACUUUGUGAAGGCCAUUGGUAUCGUGCUUGAACAGCAGCCCAGCAAGGCGGUCCUCGACGCAUGUGUCAGAUCAUUCUCGCACCUAGCGGGCAGGAUCACAUCCCAAGAGGAGGCAGUGAAUGUGAUUGGAGUCUGCGCCGUUCUUCUGAAGAGACCUAGUCACGCCGUCUCGUCGGCAACCAAGAUAUACCUGCUGCGGACAAUCUUGCCUCUCAUUGGCAACUUCAAGACAGAUGCCAAGGACGACCUCUACUCAGCUUUAUGUGCUUUGUACUCGCGCUUGCCGGAUAAUGAUAGCAGGUCGUUGCUGUCCCAAGUGCUCGCGGCUCUGGUUCGAGACGAUCAGCGACUCCUCGGCGCAGCUAAGAUUUGCGCGGACAUGAAUGCCAUGGGUUCCAGGUUGGAUGAGCCUGAUCAUGGCCGUAGAGAUGCCGCGUAUGCGAGCGUCUUCAAGGAGGCCAACAACUUCUCAUUAGAGCAGUGGCUGCCUUUGGUGCACAACUUUCUGUAUUACAUCAGAGAUAAUGACGAUAGUGUUGCCAGGAAAAACGCCUCCCAGGCCCUCCGAUUCUUUGUCAGCGCUGUUGCUGUGCACUUCGAAGAGCAGCAUUGGCAGGGGUUGCUGGAUGACGCUGUCUUCCAAGGCAUUGAGCGUGGAAUUCGAGACAGCAGAUCGACUGAACUGGUCCGCGCUGAGUACUUAGCUGUCCUGGGACACAUUGUGGAAAAGUUGCCUGACUGGCAGAAAGUGUCAGACAUGCAGAUACUUCUGGUCGGAGGUGACGAGGAAGCGUCAUUCUUUGCGAAUGCGCUCUACAUCCAGCAGCACCGGCGACUUCGAGCACUCAGGCGACUGGGCGAUGAAGCUACAAAGUUGGCAUCUCACAACAUCUCGAAGAUCUUCUUGCCCCUGCUCGAGCAUUUCAUCUUCGAUCAGGCAGAAGGCGAUGCUGGACGGGUGUUAGCCGACCAAGCAGUGCAAACAAUUGGCUCUCUUGCAAAGGGCUUGAACAAAUCCGCCUUCCGUGCAGUGUUUCAGCGAUACAUGGGACAUCUAAAGGCCAAGAAACAGGACGAAGAUGAAGACGUUGAGAAGAAAGCUUUGCGUUUGUGCAAUGCCAUGGUUGAUGGUUUGCAACGCGAUUCUGAUCAAGUGUCGGCACCUAUCGUGCGAGAGCUUCUUCCUCCCCUCACGCAGUAUCUUCAGCACAAGGAUGAAUCGACUGUCGAUCGUCGCAUUGCAGUGGCUGUCACAAUCGUAAAGCUUAUGCAUGCAGCUCUGCCAGAGGACGAUUUUGCGUUGCGAUUGCCGGGAGUGCUGCUGGAGGUCUGCCACGUCUUACGCUCCAGAAGCCAAGAGGCGCGCGAUCAAACGAGAAAAGCCUUGACGUCCAUAUCCGCUUUGAUCGGACCACACUACUUCGGCUUUAUUGUUAAGGAGCUUCGCAGCGCACUGAAGAGAGGUUACCAGUUACAUGUCCUGUCCUACACUGUGCACUCACUGCUGGUGCAGACCACGCUGUCUUCAGGCGAUCUGGACGAGGUCCUGUCUGACAUAAUGCUUGUCAUCAUGGAUGACAUCUUCGGCAUCACGGGCCAAGAAAAGGAUGCCGAGGAGUACAAGAGCGGCAUGAAGGAGGUGAAGAGUAGCAAGAGCUUCGACACCAUGGAGCUCUUGGCCAAGAUCACUCCCAUUCGCAAGCUCGGAGAGCUGAUUCGACCUAUUCGCUCUCUCCUGUCGGAGCGUGUUGACCUGAAAGUGGUUAAGAAGAUGGACGAGCUGCUUACGAGGCUGCGCAAAGGCCUGGACCAGAAUCCCGAGUCGGAGAGCCGGGAUUUGCUCAUUUUCUGCUACGAAAUUGUGAAGCAAGUGUAUGCCGAUGAUCAAGCCAUCACAAAUGCACGACCCGAACUCGAUGAGCGAAGGAAGCGAUAUAUUGUGCAACCGGAACCUGAGCAGAAGAAGAAGACGGCAAAGGGCUCCACUACAUCUUACCGGUUCAAGCUCACGGCCUUUGCACUCAAUCUUCUGCGCAAGGUACUGCGUCGGCACGAAGAUUUGCAGACACCUCAAAACAUGGCUGGCUUCCUUGGUAUGGCCGGAGAUGGCCUCAUUCAAGGUCAAGAGGAGGUCAAGCUUUCUGCCGUACGCUUUUUGUCAACCAUUAUGCGAGUGCCACUUCCGCAACUUGAGGAAAAUGCGCCAGUCUAUGUCAAGGAAGCUGUGCUCAUGAUUAAGAGCGCUCCUGACAUGACGACUGAAUCCGCCAAGGCCGCUCUGGAGUUGAUCACAUCCGUCCUUCGUGAGCAGCGCUCAGUCUCGAUCAAAGAGAAGGAUAUGGCACUUGUUCUCAAGCGUGUCAAGGCUGGCAUUGACGAGCCCGAUCGCCAGACUGUGAUUUAUAAGUUUUUAAAGGCUGUCAUUGGUCGGAAAAUCGUGAUCACAGAAGUCUACGAGGUGAUGGACGAGGUCAGCAAAGCGAUGGUCAUCAACCCUGAUCGUGCCAUUCGAGAAAGUGCACGCAGUGCUUACAGUGCCUUCAUUAUGGACUACCCGCAAGGAAAAGACCGAUGGAAGAAGCAGACGUCAUUCCUGGUCGGAAAUCUUCAGUACGAGCACGCUGAAGGUCGAAAGAGUGUCAUGGAAUUCAUCCACCAGAUCUUGAGCAAGAUUGGAGACGAUGUCUUCGAGAAGGAAGUCGGUAAUAGGUUAUUCGUGUCCUUGCUUCCAGUCCUUGUGAGCGACUCGAGCAGUGAGUGUCGAGAAAUGGCACGACUUCUAGUCGCCAAGCUGUUCGAGAGGGCCUCAACAGAGCAGCUGAAGAAGUUCCUUGGCAUGAUGGAGACAUGGACACAAAGCGAGAAGAAGCCUGCUGUGAGAGCCGGCGCACUUCAGUGCUGGUCAGUGCUUCUGAAGGCGAAGCAGCUACCUGAGAAGCAACUUGUUGGCAUCCGCGAUAAGCUCGAAGACAUCAUAUCUGACUGCUCAGCUGAGGAUGCCGUGGUUGACCCACAGCUUGCUUUGGAUGCGCUGAAGACGCUCGGUACUCUUGUUGAGACAGCGCCUUUUGUUGCUUUCUCCAGCAGCUCGUCUGGAGUAUGGGAUGGCUUGCAAACACUGGAGAUCACGGGAGACGCAGAGAUUGAUGAAUUGGUCGCAUCACUGCUAGGCAGCUUCUUCACCGACUUCGCAAGCACAAGUUCGAAGACCACAGAUGGGCUAGCUGGUCUGCCUCUACGUGGCUCAGGCGGUAUGGAACUUGGCGCAGGACAAAUGCGCAGGCUGGCAACCAUUGCUCUUCGUACACUCAGAAAUAUCCAGCUUGGCACAAGCGAGACUCUCAUCGCACAGAUUGCAAGGAAUCUCGUCUUUCUUGGCCGCUGCUUUGCCUCUAAUGAAAUGCCUUGGAACCAGACCAGCGACGCCACCCCAGCGGGAUCUGAGGAGGAGAACGAAGAUGACGACGAAGAAGAGACGGACGAUGCGACGAGCCGCUCUGCUCUCUCCCGUCUCCUUCAACGUCUCUCAUCCAUGCUCAUGGCCGACAAAUUUUCCGUCGUCUCCCGUACGGCAGCGCUCCAGACUCUUACCUCUCUCAUCAAUGCCAUCCCAACAAUCCCGGCCUUGCCAGCAAUCCUCCGGCCCCUUUACGCUUUGACGGACCCUUCAGUCCCCAAGCCACCUGGCGAACUGCAUGCGAAUCUCACAGCCAAAGCACACGAGACGCUAGACCUGAUUCAGAAGAAGGUGGGAUCUGACAGGUAUUUGAAGGUUCUUGGACAAGUCAGAACUGAGGCAAAGGCUAGACGCGAAGAGAGAAGACAGAAGAGACGCAUUGAGGCUGUGUCGAAGCCUGAAAUUUGGGCUGAGCAGAAGAGGAGGAAGCAUGAAGUGAAGAAGAUCAAGAUUAAAGAGAAGGGUGCCGAGGCACGAGGACGGAGGAGAGGAUGGUAGAAAAGUUUGUCCAGGUUGUUCGAGUUGGGAGAAGCAUAGCGAUGGCGUUCGGCUGACUGUGACUGAACCACGAAUGGUGAGGUCUGGCAUGAUGCAUGGCGUUUGAUACCCUAGAGCAAAAGUUUGAUGUAUAAUUACUGUUCAUCGAAG